AGCUAAAUGUACCCUAAAGAACAGGAAAUGAGCAUUCAACACAUCUCCAAUAACGACAUGUCGCCUGCUUGAACAGCCCCAUUUCUAAAUUAUAACGUUGUUUUUUUUGGCAAACAUCUAUUACUAACAAUAUACAUAUAGCGUGAACAUACGUGGCUAUUGAAGUUUGAUUCCAAAAGUCUCGACUGUGAACGAAGUGUUUUUCCGUGAGCAGGGCGUGUUGGAGUGUGUUUGGGGACUCCUCGUUAGAUGUUAGCUGGUUAGCUCCGGUUCGUUACUUUCUUUGGGGUUUGAUCUUCGGGGUUUGAAGAUGGGCUGCACGCUGAGCACGGACGACAAGGCGGCGCAGGAGCGCAGCAAGAUGAUCGACAGGAACCUGCGGGACGACGGAGAGAAGGCGGCCCGGGAGGUGAAGCUUCUUCUGCUGGGUGCUGGAGAGUCUGGCAAGAGUACCAUUGUCAAACAAAUGAAGAUCAUCCAUGAGGCUGGGUAUUCUGAGGAGGAAUGUAAGCAGUACAAGGCUGUGGUCUACAGCAACACCAUCCAGUCCAUCAUCGCCAUCAUCAGAGCCAUGGGCCGCCUCAAGAUCGACUUUGCUGACUCCGCCAGGGCGGACGAUGCGCGCCAGCUGUUUGUCCUGGCGGGUUCUGCAGAGGAGGGCUUCAUGACCGGAGAGCUGGCCGGGGUGAUCCAGCGGCUGUGGAAGGACGGCGGCGUCCAGGCCUGCUUCGGGCGCUCCAGAGAGUAUCAGCUCAACGACUCGGCUGCUUACUAUCUGAAUGACCUGGACAGGAUAGCCAAUGCCGUUUAUGUGCCCACGCAGCAGGACGUGCUCCGGACCCGGGUCAAGACCACUGGCAUCGUGGAAACACACUUCACCUUCAAGGACCUGCACUUCAAGAUGUUUGACGUUGGCGGACAGCGAUCCGAGAGGAAGAAGUGGAUCCACUGCUUCGAGGGCGUGACCGCCAUCAUCUUCUGCGUGGCGCUCAGCGACUACGACCUAGUGCUGGCGGAGGACGAGGAGAUGAACCGGAUGCACGAGAGCAUGAAGCUGUUCGACUCCAUCUGCAACAACAAGUGGUUCACGGACACCUCCAUCAUCCUCUUCCUCAACAAGAAGGACCUGUUUGAGGAGAAGAUCAAGAGGAGUCCUCUGACCAUCUGCUUCCCUGAAUACGCAGGCUCCAACACAUACGAGGAGGCGGCCGCCUACAUCCAGUGUCAGUUCGAGGACCUGAACAAGAGGAAGGACACCAAGGAGAUCUACACCCACUUCACCUGCGCCACCGACACCAAGAACGUGCAGUUUGUGUUUGACGCCGUCACAGACGUCAUCAUCAAGAACAACCUAAAGGACUGCGGCCUCUUCUGAGGCAGUGCUCGGCCGCCCGCAGUGACUCGUCUUCAAAGGGAGUCUGUGACCGAGGGACCUCUACAUGGACGCUGUGGAGAAUGGCACUGUUAACCUCUUAACUUAUGAUGCUAUCUAAAAGGUUUUAAAGAUGGUGUGUAGAGAAAAAAAAAAGCAUUUGUGUAUAAUAUUUGUACAACUGUCUAUGGCUGGGGUUUUUCACUGUUUUUUAAAUGUGUUUUACUUCUCAUUUUUUAUUUUAAGGAAAAAUGCUUUUUUGCAUUUAUUUCUUAAUGCUUUUUGAAAGGAUCAAACUUCAUCUUUGAUUUCUCUUUGUAGGAACUUGUGCCUUGCAUGCCUUCGUUGCUGUGUCUUUUAAUUUCCUUUGCCUCAAGUUAGCUGUUUGAUCGUAUAGAUGUUACCAUGGAAACAUUUUAAACCCUCACCAUUCAUGAUGAUCUUGUUUCCACAAGCAUGCAUCACAGAUAAUAAUUUUUUUUUGCUAGCAAGGAAGACCAAGUCGCCCUCUGAAGACCAAUUUACUCUGAGCCUGGAAGACUGUGAGCAUGAUGUCGGCCAUUUUAUGUGUGUUCCUCCCUCCCUUCAAAUGGAUUCUUGGUGUGUGUGUGUGUGUGUGUGUGUCUGAGCGUGUUCAUCUUUGCAUACACGUGUAUACAAAAUAGAAAUCAAAGGGACCUAUUUUCCUCCUAUUCAUCCUCAAAACUUGUGAUUUUUUUUUAUGAGACCAAAAAUGAUACACUGAUUAACAUGUGCAUGGUCUUGAUUAUUGCUAUCAAGGCAAACAUUCCUAUUCCAAAUACACUGAGAUGCUUUGACACAAGGAUCAUCAAGCGACUCUGUAGCAGCAUGGUGGUAAGUCCACUGCUACCAUGGAUGAUAAUAUGUCCUAAUAGUCCCUAAUCACGUGCACUUUGGAUAGAUUAGGAUCUGUACUGGAUUAAGGUUACAAACCCCAAGCCCCAAACCUUUUGAUUCCAUUGGAUGGGGACCAGCAAUUUCCAUAUUUUUUUUGCUAAUAAAAGUGUUGCUAUGGUGAGACAUGGCAACCCAUCCUACCUAUUUGUCUGACUGUUUUCUCUGUGAAUUUUUUACGUUUUGGAUGGAAAAUAUGAUUUUAUGGGUCGUCAACUCGUCAUUGUGUGUCUGGUACGUACAUACCCGGUUUUACUGCUGACUUGAUGUACUGUAUCUGGAUGUGUUGCUGAGCAUGGAAAGCUGUGACUGCGGACCAUGCCAAGGUGUUGGAAGACGAGACCCUCACCCUUUAACAGUUUUCCACAGUAUUACUGCUUGUUUUCAAUGCAAGUCUACUCUGAAAUGCCGCCCAGUGUUUAACGUAUGAAUGUGUCCGGUCACUGGUCUGACACACUGAUCACUGGUCUGUGGGGGGUUCUCACCAGCGUGUCUUCUGAAGUUGCUGAUAGGCUAAUGGUGAGAUGUCUAGAAUUGAAUGGCAUGUAGCAGAAUUGGAAUAUAAGUCACUUUUUUUAUUAUUAUUGAUAUGUCUCCAUGAGAAUAAGGUGUUUUCGUUAGCGGAGAAUGAGCCGUUAUUUCUACAGAGGUGCAGUCCUCUUCCAGUGGCCCAGAAAGGACUAACCUUUCCAGAGAGGUUUUUACUCUUGUGUGGCUUGUGUUUUAUUACCGAAAUGGUUUAGCAGCUCCAUCUAGUGUUUCAAACUGGUCUAACUGGCUGGGAUCGCCAUUACGACAGGCUUCCCAAUUAUUCGCUGGUGUCCUUGAACAACAC